UUCAACCCAAACAUAGAAGUGUACUUUUUCUUCAUCAUUUUGCUACUUCCCUUCCCCUGCUUUCAUCAAUAGCUAAUCCACUUAUCAGUUUCAGUACAAGUCAAAUGGCUAAAGCAGCUCUCUCUCUUAUGAUCCUCUUUCUGUCCUUCACUUCAGAGACUCUGCUUGUGGUAAAUGGGCAGAAAACUUGGUGUGUAGCGAAGCCUUCAUCAGAUCAAGCGACACUUUUGGCAAAUCUGAACUAUGCGUGCUCUCAAGUGGAUUGUCAAAUCCUGCAAAAGGGAUGUCCCUGUUCCUCACCGGAGAGUCUCAUAAACCGCGCCUCUGUGGCCAUGAAUCUCUACUACCACUCCAGAGGAAGGAACCACUGGAAUUGUGAUUUCAGAAACUCUGCUCUCAUUGUCCUCACUGAUCCCAGUUAUGGGAAUUGCAUUUACCCUUGAUCCAAAACUUUCCGAGAAAAUAGCUACAGAACUUGAAAAAUGUUCAUGGGCCAUGUUAUGUUGCUGGCAUGUACUUGUGUACUCAAAUUUAGUUCUCUUUAAUUUACUUUUUCGAUAGAAAGUAAUUUCUUUCAAUCUCCAAUAAUUGCUCACAUUUACUGUUGACUAACGGCUUGGCCUUCGAAUCCUAUAGAAAUAAUAAUAG